UCAAUUCCGAGAACGUACAUAUUUUUUUACGCACUGCGAAAUAUUAUUUUAUAGUAAUUUGUGGAAACGACAGAGAUGGACCCGUUUGAACCUCCAAAGCAGAUGGAUGAAGAAGCCCAAGCUGAUAUUCCUGAAGGCAAAGAUGAGGAAGAAAUUUUGAAGAUAAAGCAAUGCGAACGCAUCAAACUUUACCCUAAAGUUCCACCUGAGCCUUCGGCCUAUGGAAAAUACUCGAAUUACAGCCGUCCUUGGAUUCUCCAGGAUGGCCGUGGUAUUCCUGGCCAGGGUAGUCUGAUGCGUGACUCCUACAAAAUUCCGAAAAGGCUUAAACCUUUAAUAGGUGUACGAAAGCGGAUGCUGACGGACUUCUUUUGGGAACAAAUGUUGGAGGAAAUGCUGGAUGAAAUAGCACUCUCGUCGCCUGUGAGCGAAUACUGCACAGAGUACGAUGCCAACUACGUACGGGACAACUUCGAACCGCGCAACUUGGAGUAUACUAGGGAUAAAACUAUGCAUCUAAAAUAUCCUCUCUACGGGACUGGUUCCAGUGCAACAACAUUUUACAGCGAAACCAUCCAGAAAACUGGGCCGUUUGAAAUAUUGGAGAAGUUCCGAAGAUGUCAGUACUUUACUAGGCCGAUGGAAGAACGCCUGGACGACGGAUGGGUCCUGUAAAUGUUUUGUAGAUUUUGUACCUUAUUUAUUUCACAAUAAAACAUGUUUGGGUAAUUCUAAAUUA